AUGACCCUCUUGGAGCGGUGCCUUACCAUUGAUUUCUUUGGUGUCAAUAAUAGGGGGCUCCCUGAUGCGCUGGAGAAGCCUUUUUUGGAGUGGGCUCGUGAAAACUGGAAGUUGAACGACAACUUCGCCUUCUCCAAGAAAAUCCCUCGCGGCAAGAGGCUAUUCGAGUACAAUCUUGUCGGCAGGUGCUUUCGACCGCAGGAGGGCUUGACUUGGAUCAUGGCGUUUGGAAUCCCAGCUCACCUCAAAAGCUUGGACGUCUGCAGAAAAAUCGGCGAGUUCUGUGGGGGUUUUGUGGAUGUUAAUCGCAAUGGUUGGGAUGGGCCGUUCAUUUGUAUCCAAGUUAAGUCGGGAGCUCAGAUCCCAGAACAGGUACCAUUGAUCUUUGGCACUACGCUGUUUCCGGUCAAGAUUGUGGUCCCUCCGGCCGCCCAGAGCCCGCUCGCGGACCAGAGUCGCCGCCACCUCCUUCUUCAGUUCAGCUGUCAGGCGAAAAGUUUUCCUGUGGAAGUCGAACCGCCACCUUUCCCCCCGCUCACCAACCUCGAGGAUCCAGGCGAGUUACAAGGUGGAUGCGGCAGUGGAAGGAGUUCCCCAUGCAUGCAGCGGGUAGACAGGCCCAAAUUGGUGAAGAAGGUACGGAUGAGAAAGUUUGGGUCGUUGCCUAACCCCAAACCCAAGUCGGACAGCCUCCCCAGCCCUCUCGAGACCUCUGAGCCUGUUAGCUCAACCUUCUCACCUUGUCUGCCCGCCUCAUCUUUAAGCCCGUUGUACACCCCUAACCUAACCUAA